UUCUGGGUCUCUAUAAGUAAUUGAGAUAUUGCAAUGGCCAGCAAAGCGAGUGUUACUGAUAGCCUUCAGGCUCCAAGUAUCGGAGUGCCAAUGCAGCUGAAGCCCUGGGAGAUAAAUCCCUGGUCUCCAGAACGUCUGAGCAACAUGUAUUCCGACUGGGCGUUGCACUUCUUUAAUCAACAGCGGUACUCGAAUGGUCUUCGCUAUUUCAAUAAUUCCCUGGAUAUGAAUCCCUUCAAUGUUAGCGCUCUAAUGCGCCGGAGUCAGGUGAAAAGAUCCAUGGGUCUGGCGCCAUUGGCUCUGAAGGAUUGCUCCCAGGCCGAAGAUCUGUUAAGGCGCAUGAAGCCACCAAUCACAAAUCCCAAUGUCAGUGUUGAGGUCUGUGAUUCUCUCUACGAGUCCAAUCGACUGGAGGACUCCAAGAUUAACCUUCAUUGCCACCUGAGGCGCUUUAGCUCAGCUCAGAGAGUUCCUGUUGUAAAGCGUCUGAAUGUGCUAGGUGAGAACUUUCGGGACACAUUAUCGGAUGAUACCACCAUGUCGGUCCAGCGCCUGAUCAAUCGCAUGAUGAGCAGUCUGGCUAAAGCGCCCAAGGAAAUGAAGGAUAAUUGCGAUGUAGUUAGCAUAUUGGAAAAAGAGGAAGUACACGUGUCUCCGCUGGAAAUAGCUAGACGAAAAAGACACUUUAAGAUUUACAACCAGUCGUACUUAAACAAGUGCUGGGUGGAUGUAGCAUUCCUGAAAAAGCUAAGAGAUGACCCCAAUGUCCAGCCCAAACAUUGUCAGAAGUCUUCCGAGUAUUUGGGAAAACUGAUGGCCACCAAUUACAAAGCGGAGCGUACCCUAACGAAAAUGUUGCACACACGCUGCCCCAUGUACGCCCUGCAUCGCCAGAAAUAUCCCAACGAGGCCCUCUACAUAAAACAGAAGGAGGAAAAUCUAUUCCGCAUUCAGAACCAGACGAGGCGAAAUAUGUUUAAGAUUCUGCGCAGUAUACGACUGCUCAUACGAGUUGGGGAACUAGAUAAACUUACAACGUUUAUUGAGGAGGUUAUGGGCGAUUAUGUCACAAUCAAGACGCAUCGCGUAAUGCCGUGGAAAUUUGAAUUCACUAAUGAGGUCUACAACUAUUUGGGUUUGGCCCGCAUUAAUGAAUUCAAAAUUCCCGGAAACAUGACCGUCUUGCAUGGAAGACAACGCCUUUUGACACUUUUCAGACUGCCAACUAAUAACAAUCAGGAACUGAAAAAAUCAAGAACAAGCCAAUCGUUUCCUCUGAACAUAGCAAAAUCGGCUACCAGUGAUCCCAAAGCGGAGAAACACAAAAAACAAGUAGCCCGUCUGGAGAAUCGGAUGCGGUUUGCUGAAUACCACAUAGAACGAUCCUAUCUUUUACAUGAACUGGCCCAACAGCAUUUGAAUUUCAACUCAUUUGAUGCGGCCUGCUCCAUGGCCCGGAAGUCCUUGGAGGAGGCCAUCAAAUGCAAGAGUAUUAUUUGGAGCUUUUUGGCUUUGAUGGUGAUAUGCAAGGCCCACGCGAUCCUGGGCAAGAUCGAGCGAGAAAAGGAGAUUCUAGCCGAGGCCUUCGAGCUGGCCAAGAAGAUGAAGAACCUUGACCUGUGCCUAUUCAUUGACAUUUGCUUGAGGGUCAAUGCAGAAGAAAUAGAAAUGAAGCGAAUGGUAACUGCCGAUUUGAUCUCCAAAAAGCAAAAGUUUGGCUCUAGAACGUUACAGAGUAUCGAUACUUUCAAUGAGGAUCGCAACCAAAUUACCUAACAAAUAGUAUGCUUGAAAUGGAAUAAUUUUCCUGAAAAUACAAAAUAUUUUA